CGAAACGAGAGAGAGAGAGAAUCCCAAAAAUGACAUCUAGAUUGCGGUGGAGCAGGGAGCGACUGGGACAGAAAGCACACAGCGCGAGCUGCGGCUUCACCCGAGGAGAAAAGACGCAGCGGGGACGCGCGGCGCAUUACGCACGCUACCAGCUUCGGACUUUUAUGCCUCUUUUGGACAUGUAGUUUCCUUCUUGACCAAAUCCCAACAAGGCUUUUGCUGUUCCUAGUUGAUGAGAGAAAGAAAGAGCAGUGAUAGGCUGCGCUUCCUGUUUGCUCUCCGCCAGUAGCGCUGCAGCUGGGCUGAAGGAGCCCCGCAGAGCUCCGCGAACCACCGGUCCUCCACCGCGCUCCCACGGAGAGAGAGAGAUGUGCGACCUGAUGCCAUCCUCCCAGGCCCCGGAGAAAAUCGGCAAAAUGAAAAAGUUGAGGAGAACUUUGUCGGAGAGUUUCAGGAGUAUUGCUUUCAAGAAAGAGGACAGCGGCUUUGAUGAGAUAUGUGUCACAAAGAUGUCAACACGCAGCGGCCAGGGAUCGGACUCGGUCAUCAAGCCCCUGGACACCAUCCCUGAGGACAAGAAGGUGAGGGUGCAGCGCACGCAGAGCGGCUUCGACCCGUUUGAGAAGCCCGCCAGCCAGGUGAAGAGGGUCCACUCUGAGAACAAUGCCUGCAUCAACGCCAAGUGCUCGCCCGCCACCAAGGAGUCGCCCAAACUGCGGCGCCACUCCAGCCCUAGUUCUCCUACAAGUCCCAAGUUUGGAAAGGCUGAUUCCUAUGAGAAGCUGGAGAAACUGGGAGAGGGUUCAUAUGCUACAGUUUACAAAGGAAAGAGCAAGGUGAAUGGGAAACUGGUCGCUCUGAAGGUGAUUCGUCUGCAAGAGGAGGAAGGGACGCCCUUCACAGCCAUUCGGGAAGCAUCUCUUCUGAAAGGCCUGAAGCAUUCCAACAUCGUGCUCCUCCAUGACAUCAUCCACACCAAGGAAACCCUGACUCUGGUGUUUGAAUACGUGCAUACAGACCUGUGUCAGUACAUGGACAAACACCCCGGGGGUCUCCAUCCAGAUAAUGUGAAGCUGUUCCUGUUCCAGUUACUGAGAGGCCUCUCCUACAUCCACCAGAGGUACAUCCUCCACCGCGACCUGAAACCACAGAACCUGCUCAUCAGCGACACUGGAGAGCUCAAACUCGCUGACUUUGGCCUGGCCAGGGCCAAGUCGGUCCCCAGCCAUACCUACUCCAAUGAGGUGGUGACCCUCUGGUACCGGCCUCCAGAUGUCCUGCUGGGAUCCACGGACUACUCCACCUGCCUGGACAUGUGGGGAGUGGGCUGCAUUUUCAUUGAGAUGAUCCAAGGGGUGGCUGCCUUUCCAGGGAUGAAGGACAUCCAGGACCAGCUGGAGAGGAUAUUUCUGGUGAUCGGCACCCCCUCAGAGGAAACCUGGCCCAGCGUCAACUCUCUGCCUCACUUCAAACCAGACCGCUUUACAGUUUACAGCGCUAAGAAGCUCAGACAAGCGUGGAAUAAGCUGGGCUACGUGGACCAUGCUGAGGAGUUGGCGAGCAGGUUCCUCCAGUGCUUCCCAAAGAACCGCCUCUCGGCCCAGGCGGCGCUGAACCACGAGUACUUCAGCAACCUUCCUCCACGGCUCUGGGAGCUGCAGGACAUGUCUUCUAUCUUCACCGUACCAAAUGUCAAGCUCCAGACAGAGAGCGGGGACAGCAUACAGGUGUGUGCACGAAAGAACAGCCAUGGCAAGGCCUCCUCUGGCAGCAAGCACUGACCGGAGGCAGCACCCUGCACACCGGGACCUGACAGGUGGCUCUUGUAAAAAAGAAAAAACGAAGACAGGAAAUGGAGGAUCCAGACCAACGGAAGAGCCCCUGUUCUCUUUAUUUAUUAUCUUCCCAAUACGUGUGAGUGUGAGUGUAUGUUUGUGUGUGCUGUGUGCAUGAGAAAGAGAUUUAGCAUUGGGUAUUGAUAUGAAUGCAUGUGUGCAUUAUAAAUGGUACCUAAGAUUUCAGGCUAUUAUUUGCAAAUCAAAUUUUGUUUACUUUUAUAAGGUUCCGAUAACUCAUAUGUUGUUAUCACAGUAUAAACAAAAGGACUUUACUAUUGGUACAUAGUGUUUUGUGUUUGUAACUUGCCUCCUAUUUAAGAAUGUAUAUUUCUAUGUAUGAUAUACUCAUCUAGAAACUAUAUAAUGGAUUUAAUACCGCUUCAUCUUCCCACCACUAUUUUACUCAUGCCAAGAUACAACAGAUACAUAAGAGGAGACAGUUCUGCUAGAAAACAACAAUUGGGUCGGUGGUCUAAAGAAUAAUACUCAAGAGUUGCAUUUCAACUUCCUUUCCAGGUUCAGCUCUUAUUUGUGGAACCAAAGACAUUAUAAUAACAAUAAUAAUGGAGGGCUUUCAGGUGGUGCAACACAUGCUCUGGCCGCCAUGUUGGAGGUCCUUGUUCCUUGGUAAGUGACAAUGGCUGAUGCUGUUUUGAUUACCUGACAAAUUGUGCCAUUUGUCAGGUAACCACCGCAAUCAAGGAAUAUGAUUCCUAUGACUCUAGGAACAUUGUUCUUUGUUAGAUAUUUCUCUUCGUCUAUUCAAUUGUCUAUCACAUUUAUUUGUGCAGAUGUAACAAUAGACUUACAUUUGGAGAGAGAAAUUUGUAGGUCAGUGGAUAAUGUUUCAGGUGUAUUAACUUAGAACGCUUAGAUAGCCUUUAUUGAAAUCCUUAGGCCCCGCAAAGUUGUAAAAUUCACAAAUAGCUGAAAACAGAGCUAUUUCCCUUGGCUCAGUUAAGUCAUUUAUAGAAUUGGAGGAAGCGUAAAAAGCAACAACCCAUCUCUAUCAAUGAUUUUUUUAGAACAGUAGAACUAUUUUUAGCUACAGUUGAUCAACUAUUGUUUUCUUUGCCCAUCCAAACCUACAUGCUUUCUAUGAUGAAUACAUGGACAGUUGAAUCAGAAAUACUACACUGGAAGAGGCAGGUUUACACCAGGGAUUCUGCCGGGACAAAUCAAUGGGAAUCAGAUUGGAAUUGUAUUCCAAACCGCUUCCAAAUAAAGUUUGAUUUGAAUAGCAUGAAUGUAACGUCCUUAGACCUUAGUGGUAGAAAGAUCAUAGCAUUAAAUAUCUGUUUUUAAUGUUUCCACCGGACCUCCAUAAUGGAACUAGCCGAGAAGAGUUUAGUGUUGCAACUGAGAAGCCUUUGAAACAUUGAUGAUCUCUGCUGGAGAUGUUGAAGGAGAACACAUAACUGACAACCACUGUAUGUUUGUGGGUGGCUGAUAGAGAGGCGUGUAUGUGCUAGUGUGAACGUAUUAAUCAUGGGCAAUAGCUGAGCAUUGGGGCUUCCAACCAUGCAAAUGAGCUAAUGUACAAACGUUACAACACCAAGGCAACAGGUUGUGUGACCUAUUGUUUGUUCCAGCCCAAGACAAUCCUCUCCUCUAUCUAAUAUCUAAUAAUUAAAAAUUCUGCAAUAUUUUAUUAGAAACAAAUGAUCUAUGUCAACAACUUAGGUUCAUGAAUCAAUUGUCAAGAUUAAGGUGAAGCGUUUCAUAUCUGAUUAAUCAAAAAACGCUUUUCAGUGAGUGGUGUGUGUGUGUAUUUGAUUAGUUCCUUCACUACUGACACAUGCGCUUAUGGGGAGACUUCCUUUUUGCCCUCAACAUCUUACACAUUCUAAAUGUUUCACAACUUUUUAUGACUAAGGUAUGACGUCGUAUCAUCUGCAAAUAAGUUUAUACUGUCUUUUGAUGUUUUGUGUGAAAAUAUAUGAAUAUUACAAUCUUAGACGUAUGGUGAUAACUGUGAAGUACUAUCAAUACAAAGGCUUCCUCUUUAUCUUUCAGUUUGAAAUCAACUGAAACAAUAAUAUCGGCCCUGCACUGUUGAUAACCUAAAGAGAUGAGGCUCCAAAUGGGGCGGAAUGAAGCAUUGGAAGCUGGAGACUUAUCUUUUUGCUCCAAGAGCUAUCAAACACACACACACACACACAUUCACAUUCAUAAUAUUCAUGUCUUGCCUGCUAGGGUAACCUUCCUGUACAGUAUAACCCUGCAGCCCCUCCAUGCCACACCCCCCCCCCCCCCCAGCUGGUGUUAGCUUUGCAGUCUGUUGAUUUCAAAGAAUGUCAUUUUUUAUGUCUACGUUAAUACAUCACUCGCAAAAUGUAAACAUUCCUCCAUUCCAUACCAGCCAUCAGGAGAUAUUAAUAAAUCGUCAAAAUGGCCACUAAAUUUCAGCUGUAGCUAAUAUUCUUUAGUGGCAAAUUGAGAAGGUACGUCCGUCCAGGCAGUGUGUGGUACCAAUAUUUGUACUUAAUGGAAAAGCAAUAUUGGACCAACAUGUUCAGGCAACUGGAUGUUAUGGCCAGGUGGCUCCGGUUCUAGAGGUGAAAGAGGGCAGUUGUAUUUCCAUAAUUACCACAAAGCCAUCAUUGCUAGUAAAAAACACCUUGGAUGAAACAUUGGAGACUCACAUGGAAAUACAAAUUGUGCAUAAAAGGGUUUUCAUGAUACGGAUCAGGGCUGCAAGUGACACAUGUUGUUCCUGUACAACUUAAAGGAACUUAUCUAAAUAUCUGAGCCUAUGCUUUAUAGUAGAGUGGGAAUUCAUGAUAAAAUACCAGAGAACAAUUACUCUAAUUCUGUGUUCCAAUCCAGUUUCUCCAACCAUAAAGGCAACAUAAAUCAUUGUGGCUACACUCUCCCCAAUAGUGUUUGGAAAAUGCACUUUAAAGAAAAAACGUUUGGCCCUACAUUCCAGCCUGUAUGGAUCCUUUUAUGCAGUUGCCUUUACUGGUGGACAUAUAUAAGAGAGCUUAAACUGUACAUACGGGAUAUGUAACCUCUUUUUUCCUGAUGCAAAGGAAACCAGCCCUUCUUACAAAUAUCAAUUCCCAUUAUGCGGAACCUUUACCACAGAUUGAGCAGAGCUCACUGAAGUGCUGUACUUGAAGUUAUCUCACAGCUUCUCAGUGUCAUCCCCAGGCUGUGGUUGUGCGACAGAAAGAAAAGGGGAGGAGACGAGGUCGGUAAUGCCAGAAAAGCGGCAUGACAGAAGAGGGUUAAUACCGUGGAGCUGUGCGAGGAUUGCCCAGUCUCUCGUGGCUUUAAGGGAUUGCAGGCAGUAUUAGCAGCUGAAUAAUUAUUUUUGGCAUGUUUCUCCUUGUGCAUACUUUCGGUGUGGCACACAUCGCUUUGUUUGCCCCUCAACACUCUUAUUUCUGUGGAGCUUUGUCAGACUGCAGUCUUGUCUUCUGUUCAAGCUUGAAUGUUCUUCAUAUAUUUCAAUAAAGUUCAGUGAAAGUAAAGUACACGUAGAACUGUGACAUGGGAAAUUAGAAAUGACUUCAAUAAACAACGGGAAAAAUCAAGUAGUAAAACAGUGAUGCCUCUUCUACGUUUGUACAAAGGUUCCCUUAAUGCUAUCAAAUAAUUAUCAUAUAUGAAUAAACAUAUAAGGUGAAUAUAAAUCCACAGCAUCUAUUUUCAGCAUUAGUUAUCGUGAGGCCUGGAGUGACAUCAGAAGGAAAAACACACAGAUUGGAUCCAACUUGCUCCCUCGCUGUGCUCAACAAUGACUCUGUGUUUGCCACUUUCUCUCCCAUAUCUUAUUUUCCUUUUGUCUUUUGCUGCACUGAAAACACACAUGGUUUGGAAAACAGAAAUGUCACUUCCCAGAGUGAAACAAUAUAGUAUCCAAUAGAAUAGCUGUUGCAUUAUUUCCUACAACCUGUAUGUAAUGUUAUUAUGGAAGAUGUAAUGUCCUUCUGUAAAUGUUGUUUAAUGUGGUUUUACCUGAAAUAAAAUGUAUUAAUGCUUCA